AUGGCUGACAAGAUCGUAGAGGUCGCUCCCGUGCAUUCUACCCUUUCCACCGUUGUUCCCCAAUCAGCACCAUCACCCACAGCACAGUCCACUGAAAUGCGCGAACUUCGAGACCUAGUUGCUCAGCUGACCACCACCAUCAACAACUUCAGCCUCCACACUUCACAGCAACAUGGUCAUACCGAAAGACGUCGCAGUCGGUCCCCUACACGCCGUUCGUCCUCUCCAUUCCACAACCGUGAGCUCACCACUACUGAUCCAAGCCCCCGCUCCAUUUUUUGUUGGUACCACACCAAGUUCGGUGCCUCGGCUAAGAAGUGCUCGCCACCUUGUUCUUUUUCUCAACAAACAUCAUCACCGUCAAACUAUCACGCCAGACAAUAGACGCGGCAGAGUCGUCUGGCGUUUCUCACCAAAGCCGCCUGUUUUACAUUACGGACGUUUCAACAAAACAACAAUUUCUCAUCGACACAGGCGCAGAAGUCAGCGUCCUUCCACCACGACCAUCAGACCGUACACACCGCCAAGGUUAUGAUCUUCUGGCAGCCAAUUCCUCAACAAUUGCUACCUACGGUACCCGAUCUUCAACCAUCAACCUCGGUCUUCCACGAUCCUUUCCCUGGAUUUUUACCAUCGCAGACGUCAACCACGCCAUCAUCGGCGCUGAUUUUCUUCGUCAUUUCAACCUUCUCGUUGACCUACGCACACGCAGCCUUAUUGACGCAGUAACCCAACUUCGUGUUAACGGUAUUACUUCGCCAAUACCAGCUCUUAGUCCUGUCUAUGCUCCUUUCCCUCCAACUCCUUUCACGAAACUCCUCGGCGAGUAUCCAGACAUUACCAGACCAACAACCAAGCAAACUGCUGUUAAGCACAAUGUCGCCCAACACAUCUUUACGCGAGGACCACCUUGCUCUCCUCGACCCCGGCGCCUUCCACCAGAACGACUGAAGAUCGCUAAAGAUGAGUUUCAACAUAUGUUGGACAAGGGAAUUAUCCGCCCCUCCAGUAGUUCUUGGGCCUCUCCACUUCACAUGGUUCCCAAAUCUCAACCCGGGGACUGGCGUCCAUGCGAUGCGGGGACUAUCGUGGUCUUAAUCGUGUCACCAUACCUGACCAAUACCCCGUUCCACAUAUUCAAGAUUUCUCCGCCAGCCUCCAUGGUAAAACCAUCUUCUCCAAGAUUGACCUCGUUCGAGCUUAUCACCAAAUCCCUAUGGCUGAAGACGACAUUUGUAAGACCGCAAUUACUACCCCUUUUGGUUUGUUUGAAUCUACCAAGAUGCCCUUUUGUCUUCGCAACGCAGCCCAAACCUUCCAACGCUUUAUGGACGAAGUUACUCGUGGCCUCGAUUUCGUUUAUGUGUAUAUUGAUGACAUUCUCAUCGCUAGCACGCUUCUUGUGUUUUAUGUACGGACCUUCACCUAAAAUCAUGGACUGGAGCCAAAUGAACAGGUUGAGUGAAAAGAAAAGAUAUAUAUAUAUAUAUAUAGUAUGGUUUCAUUUGCAACAACGUCUUCAGACAUUAGAAAAUAUUUAACACUGAAUUGAAACACUUACCCAAAAUGAAUCUCUGAUCACAACUGGUGGAAUGACAUUGUGUCCACAAUCCCAUGUAGCGAUUUAUUCCAAAAUUGUUAUAAAGUUGUGAAUUAGAUAUAUACCUUGCACACCAGGUUUCAAAUGAACUCUUAUCGUUCCCUUUAUAAUAAACAGAUAAUGCUCCCUCAGGGGUCUGGGUUAUAGCACGAUAGAUGCUCUCGUUAGGUUUCUGAGCACAAGCAGCUGUGUCUAAACUGACUGAGUCAACGUAAAGGUGAAACAUAUCAAGAUCAUAACCAGAACCAUUCUUAUUAAAAGCAGCGAGACAUCCAUGUCUUUUAGAUUCAACGUGGCACCAUUAUCACGAAACCGAAACUGACCAGCUGGGUCCAGACAGCUGUUGUCGGAAAAUCCCAGAAAAAACAAGUUCCCCCAACUGCCGCUUGACUGUAUUUGACCUGUGUCUUUAAUACUAUCUCUUGAGGUUAAGCCAUAGUAAUAGCCCGAAAACUGUUUCACAAAGAAACAAGUUGCACCUGAAAAACAAUGCAAAAAAUAAAAUUGCUGGUCUCUUACUGUACUCUCCGGACGAUUUUAUUGUCACAUUGCGCUGUAAAUAUCAGUUCUAAUAAUAUUUUGCCGGUGACCGAUUAUUCAAGAAUUUGCAUUUAUUUUAUUCUUGCAUAACAGUUACGAGUUAGUGUCACUGAUCUAGAAAUACUUAAAUCAGUGGUUAGUGUCUGUUACAAAAAUAGUUUGGAAUCCUUGAAACUGAUGUAAAACAUUCCUGUGGGCUGUGGCCGGCGCAUCAUUUUAUACUUUAGUCAAAGUGUACUAUAAACAAAUAAACUUUGACAGUGUAAGUCAGCAUUUAUAAAUCGUUUCAUUUUGUUCACGUUAUAUUAUGAACGCAAGGUGAAAUCGCGAUGUAUACCUAAUUUUAGUGUCGCAGUGAUCAACAAUUUGUGCCGCAGUGAUAAAGUAACUGAAAAUAUUUAAAUUAAACAAUGCGUGCAAUAAAAGAGAUCGAAUCCACCCGUUUUCUAUUGUAUAAGUCAAUUGUAGACCAUUUUCUAUUUUUCUCUGAGACAACCCUGAUUCCGUUGAAAAAUUCCGGUCACGGAUUGCAAUGUGUGGCAUGGAUUUUCAUUGUGUUGUUCGUAAAAUAUUCCUUCAUGGAAAUACCAGUAGACGCCGUAGUCUUGAGCUCUGGACUGCCAGACUCGGCUUAUGGAAUGUGCAGUGAUAAAAGAUUCAUACAAUUAGGUAUGUCGCGAUGAUUUUGAAACGUGACCAAUGGCAACGCGUACGAUUUUGAAUGAAUUUGAAAUUUGUAAACGCCAUGUAAUAGUGUAUACUAUUCUUUCCGGAGUCGUUUGACCCCAAACUAGUCAUUCGUCCCCAGAACGACUCUUUUGAGAUGAUUAAGUUUGACUCUUUUCAAUUUACAGUGUAGUUACGAACUAUAAUCUCUAUCGCUCUUAUGGUUAAUUUAGCACGUUAUAAAUGCUGGAUCAUAAAAAGACUUGUACCUUUCAAUUCUAAGGACACGACAACCAACAUCACAAAACGAAAACACUUUGGAAACAUCUUCUUUAAACCAGGAAAUCGCGACUUCUAAUUCUGAGACAAGAUGCAAACAUUUACGUUGUGAGCGCGGAAGAAAUGAAUCAAUGUAGCGAAACAAAAUUAGAUAUAGUCUGUGGUGCUUUUCAAUUUCAUAAUUGCAUAAAAAGAAAAUACCAAACAUAUUCAAAGCAAAAUAUUUCUCUUGAUGUCUAUUGUGUUUAGAUGGUAACUGUCAUCAGUCUGAAAUAAAUCAUGGGAGUAAUAUUUUUACAACGCUUCGUCUUAAAACUCUAGCUAACAGGUAAGGGAAAGCUGUGUUUUUGUUUAUAUUCACAUUCUAAGUACAGCUUUUAAGAAUUUAUCAUUUUCAUUGUUCUCAGAUAUGACAUACAGAACAAGUACAUCAUGUUGAGAUGUUGCGUUUCAGCAACUUCUAGAUGUUUUAAUUAGAAGUCUUAGAACAAUUGAGUUAUAACUUUCUGACAACCAAACCUCCAUUCUUCGCAGAGUUUUCCGCUGAACAGUAACACUUCUUCUCCACGGGAAUCUCUGCGACGGAGAGAGCUACCUGACUACCAUAAUCUAUAAAUUGAACAAAACUUUACGUUGUUAAUAAAUUGAUUUAGCCUAUUUAAAUAUCUAACAAGUGUUAUUACUAAGUAAUAUUUUCACUUAUUGAAAAGAUAAUUGGCUCCCAAGCAAUUAUUAGUAUGAAAGAUCAAAUUAUAAUAAAACGAUAUCAAUUACUGAAUUCUAAUGACGAGUAAACAGUCAUAAAAUUCCAGUUUUGGUUCGACUCAUCAAGGUUUCUUGUAACAAUAGAUUUAGCGUUUUCAUAAAAGCUCGCAUAAAUUUUCGGAAACAAGAUCUAAGAAGCAUUUACGUUAUGAAAGCACGGAAGACGAAAUGAACCAAUGUAGGAAACCAAAUUCUCCGUCAAGAUCUCCGUCUUUAAAUGUCUUAACCAUCUAGUCGACUUUGAUUUUAACCUUACCAUAAUCUCCCGUAUACAUAGCCAUAAAACACGCCAGAAUAACAAUUACUAUCUUCCACGCCCACGUACGAAUUGGGGAAAACAGCAAUUCACUUAUCACUCGGUAUCGGAAUGGAACUCUUUACCUAUUGAACUGAAAGAAUCUACUAAUCUUAAUCUCUUUAAAUCCAAACUAAAACAAUUUAUGUAAUUAAGUUGAACAAUUUAUCUAAUUAAGUUGAGUUUUUUCUAAAUAUGAUGUAUAAUUAUAUAUAAUCCACUUGUAAAUAUUUUAUAGUUUUUAAAUAAACAUAGACGUAUAGUUUACGAAUACCAUGUAUAAUAUCGAUAUACAUUACAGAACCUCCCUGAAAAACACUUCGGUGAGCGGAGCUUCCAGAAUAAAUAUUAUUAUUAUUAUUAUUAUUAAUAUUAUUAUUAUUAUUAUUAUUAAAUCAGAUAAAUCUUUAUAGAAAGUCGGCAUGAAGUUUGUGGUGCUUUUCAAAUUGAAUGAAAGAAAUAUCGACCAUUAAGCUAAUGUCUCAAUUAGGCAUAUAUAAAGUCCCCGUUCUCACGUUCAUUGUUUUAGAUACCAUAACAUUUUGCUGGCGAUUCAAAAAAUAUCCGCGUUCAUGCACACGUAGCGUAACGAACUGUUUCCCACCGUCCAAACGCAAAAACGAUACGAUGUUAAACGCGAGCAAAAUAUAAUAUCGCUAAUAGGCGUUACCUAAUGAUUCCGACACCUCAUUAUGCGUGUUAUCAGCGUAGGUGGCAUUCAAAUUUCAUCGAUGUUACAUCAUCGUUUUAUAAAAAAGUAUUUCCCAUGAGUUUACACGAAUACACCAACCUCGUACCCAGGCGCUAUGUGUUGUUCUAUGGCUUGCGCGGCCUUUGCGUGGGCUACGUGGAUUAAUUUGAUCGAGUUUUAAACCCAAAGCUUUAGCUUGCUAAAAGCUAAAGAAGUUACCAGCUUGAAGCCUCGAAGAAGAGUCGCUCGAACAACUUUCGGGCAGUCCUAAGACGAUAAAUCCCAUGCAAGGCACCUCCCUUAACAAUUAUAUCUUAUCAUUUACCUUACUCAGUAAGUCAUUUCAAGUGUUCAGAACUACAUAAAUGGAAAUCAACAGGAUAAGGCUCAGAUUAAUCAGGUUGAGAAGCAACCCGAUAUAAAUAUAAUUGCAGGAAACGAAAACGGUGAGGCUGAUUUGUCUGUUUUACUUGUUGAGGAGAAUUCUAAAUCUUCAAAGCCAUUAAAGCGCAAGUAUAAAAAGAAGAAAUCUGCUAAAACGGUAAUCAAUUUGCCGUCUGCAAAUGCGAAUUCAAAUUCUAAUGACUCAACCGGUCAUUUAUUCCAAGCAUGUAUUGUUCAUGAAGAUAAUGACAUUGGCACCGCCUCUACAAGUACAGGAAGCUGCCCCAAUAAUGCUUCUAAUUUAAAUGCAUCUAAAUUAAACAACAAAAGUGUUGAAUAUAAUUUGCCAGAAGACCAGUCUCCUACAAUUAAUGCAAAACAUACAAAAAAUGUGACUGUUGUUGUUCGUGAUUCAAUGGUGAGGAAUCUACAAGGCUGGCGCCUGUAUACUGAAGAAAACCACGUUGUUGUUAAAACCUUCGCUGGUGCGAAGACUUCUGAUAUGGAAGAUUAUGUAAAACCAGUUAUCCGCAAAGAGCCUCAAAAAUUAAUCUUACACGUAGGUACUAACGAUCUUAAGAAAUCACCUCCUAAUCGGGUAGCUGAGGGAAUUGCGAAUAUUGCAACUCAAAUACAGGAAGAUUCUUCAGGAACUGAAAUAGUUAUAUCAAGUUUAUUACCUAGAUCGGACAAGCCAGAACUAUCAGCUAAAGUUAACGAAACAAAUAAGUUAAUUAACGCUAUUUGCUGUAAGA